CAACGAAAAAGCAGCUGGCUGAGAUGCAACCGGGACGAUGAAUCAGGGUCCAGCCGGCGGCCGGCCGACGACGGACUUUAUUUCGGGGUGACGCAAAGUGGAGGGGCGUGGCCGGGGUCGGCGAGACGGCGAAGAUGCGGCCGGCCAGUCUUGUGCCGGAGCGGCAUGGGUCAGCGCGACCCUCGGCGGUGCGGCACGCCCGACUCGCAGUUUCCGCCGCCAGCACUAGUGUUUUAUUUUGUGUUUUAUUUUCCUUGGCUGUCGGCGCAGCGCUGCUAAUAUGUGCGCAAGUAACAACGUCAAAUGCGGACGAGGGUGCCGCCCCAGCCCGCCCGCGGUGCCCUGCUUCAGUUCAGCCCCCAGCCGCCUCCGACGCCGCCUCCGUCCAUGGCGCACCAAGUGGGCCGCGACCCGCCUCUGCCGGGCAAUGUGUCCGAGUGGCUGCACAACCUACGCCGCAACACCGACUCUUCUGAGGUCGAGGACGAGCUGAGGCACAAGGUGGAGAGCGCCGCGGCCGCCUCCGGCAUCACCGCCUCCGCCAGGCUGACCAGCAGGAAGAGCGCCGCCCCCAAGCCGGACAUUGCGGCCAAGCCGAGGCCGCCGUCCGUCAUGAAAAAAACCGCCGAUUCGGAGAAAGCAGCCGUCGAGCCGCCUCCCUCGGACAAGCAGCAGGGUGGCUGGAAGGAGAACCCGCUCUUCACGGGCAUCGAGCCGCAACAGGUGCGCAGGCCGGACGCCGCCCCCGGUCGCGCGUUCCAGUCGCUGUGCGACGAGGCGCGCCGCGUGUCCACCGACCUGCUAAAGGAGCUGGACGCCGACGACCAGGACGCUUUGCCGGAAAUGGUCGGCCUACAGCAACCGCGCUCGCCCACCAAGCAGGAGGAGGAUCAGGAUCUCGAGAGGCUCACCCAAGAGGCGCUGUCGCUUGUCGACGAGGCGCUCAUUGAACACGCCGUCAAUAAGAGGCUGACGGUGGCGAGAAUCCGCACCAACUCGGGUAGCUCGGACAUGUCCGACGAGGUUUUCGUGUCGUGCAACAGCGAGCCCGGCACGAUUUUCGACCACGAUGGCGCCCCGAGCCACCCCCAGCCGCCGCCGCGCCGGAAGAAGGUGCUCAUCAACGCGCCGACACCUGUACAGAAAACCACUAAACCAGAGGAGCGUCUGCAGAGGGCGGAAUCCCUGAACCGGAAGCAACCCACGCCGCCGACGCGACCACCCCCGGAGGCGGCAAAGCGACCUCCGAGCAUCGUGCAGCCGAUGGUGCGGCAGCGUUCGUUUGUAAUGACGCACAGCCGCGCCUCGUCGGCGCCGUUCGCCACGUUGACGCCGCGCAAGACGAUGCCGCCGUUGUUCGCUGCCGACCAGCAGCAGCGGCCGCCGUCGCCCAAGCAGCCGCCCCCGUCCAAGCUGCCACCGCCGCCCCUCGAACGCAAGUCGUCGCUGCAACGCAAGGAGUCUCUCGAGAGGAAAAAACCGUCGAAGCAGAUCGAGACGCCGCCGCAGCCGAUCGUGCGCAAGUCGCUGCUGAAGAACAGCGACGCGAAGGUGGCCAACCCCCCGACGUACGGCAAGUUCUCCGUGCACGUGGUGGAGCGGAAGACCUACUACCCUGAGAUCACCAAGGACAGCGUGGUGCUCGUGCCUGCCGUUUCCAAGGAGAUGAAGGACUUGCUGGUGACGACCGCGCAGGAGAGCGACGACGACGCCGAGCAGUCCUCCCUAGAGCACAGCUUCCGCAGCCGCAAGGGAAGCAACGGCAGCGACAUCGUCGCCUGGAAGAACGACAUCCGCACUUGCAGCAACGCCGACGAGGAGGACGAAGUCUACUAUACAGCCAAGUCAGCGCCCAAUGAGUGGUUCAGCUCGAGCGACAACGAGGGCCGGCUCUACUUCUUUGCCGAAAACAGCAACGAGUCCUCGUGGAGUCUGCCCCAAAGCCCUGCCGCCCCCAAGAGCGCGCCACCCCCUCCGGAAACUGCUCCGCCACCCAGGCAGACCUCCACUCCGCUGGCGAGGGUUGCGCCGCAGGGGGUGCCGCCGGUACUGAAGAAGCUGGAGCUGCAGUUGCAGCAAGCGGCCGACGACUUGUCGCCGACGGACGAGACCGAACCGCUGAGAAGGCCCCGCAAGAACAUGGGGCCGUGCCUACUGCCGCCGCUGCCCAACUCCAGGGCUUCCAAGUCGCAGUCAAUGAUCGUCGUGCCCGACGUCAAGACUCCGAUGUCUGAAAGCCAGACAGACGCCCCUUCCUCCCCUGGACCGUGGGCCAGUCUCGAAAGCUCUGGCGCCACAAUUCUGAAAGAGGGCCAAAUCACGCGGACCAAGGUAAUGGAGAGCAAGAAGAAGGUGAAAAAGAACUGGUCGCCGGCGUGGGCACUCCUCACCAGUGACUGCAUGUAUUUCUUCAAGGACGAGAAAAGCUUCAAGGCGAUGAAAAACAGCACCGGUGGACACCCUGAGCUGUGCGUGCCACUGAAUCAGUCGUGCUUCCAGGAGGGCGACAAGAAUCUGAGUAGCAAGAAGAACACGUUCCUCAUCGGCACGGACACAAACCAGGUGCUUUGCCAGGAGGAGCAAAUCAGGGACAAAGAAAGCUGGUUCAACCAAAUCAGUCUCGCCAAAAAGUGCAUGCCGGAGAACCACCUGAACACAGCACCGCGGUAUCCAGUAUUGAGUAGAGAGUCAAGUCCUCUUCCGCCUGCAGUCGGCGGUCCGCCUGUUGGCUCAGUCUCGCCUGAAAUGAGUAAAAACAAUUCGUUAAAUCGCAACAAAUCAGUUAAAAUUAAAAAAGACUCGGCUGAGAGUAACGAGGAUCUUUCCACGGAAAACCACACAAAAAUCAAAGCCGGGUUGAGGAAGUUUUUCAAGAGACGACCCACCAUGGAAUCACUAGUCAAAAAAGGAAUAAUUCAAGAUGAACCAGCGUUUGGAUCGACCUUGAGUAAACUAUGCCAGUCACAAAGUCCUGGGUCAAACGGUUACAUUCCAAAGUUUGUGCUUGAGUGCAUCAAUGCCAUUGAGAAAAAGCCUGAGAACCUAAAGACGGACGGAAUCUACAGGGCUUCUGGAAACCUGUCGCAGGUCCAGAAGAUUAGACUGCAGGUGGACCAAAAUAAUCUGGCAGUGUUAGAUCAGGAAGAGGAAGUCCACGUGCUGACUGGUGCCUUAAAAUUGUUCUUCAGGGAGCUGAAAGAGCCACUGAUUCCGUUUGGUUUGCUCGACGCUGCGCUUACUGCUAGCAACAACAGGGAUAAGUCAGAAAAAAUAAGACAAUUCCGAGGAUUGGUCCAGCAAAUGCCCAAAGAGAACCGUGCUACUUUAAAAUUCCUACUUGAACACUUGUUGAGGGUUGUCGAUAACCACACGCACAACCGGAUGCACAUUUCCAAUCUGGCCAUUGUGUUUGGUCCGACGCUGAUGUGGCCCAAGGAAGAGUCAUGUAACAUGGCCCUGGAGUUGAUGCAGCAAAACUACGUUAUCGAGUGCCUUCUGGAAGAGUUCGACUCCAUUUUCAAUUAGAGCUGUGAUCCCGAACUUGUUUAUUGCAAACAAAAAACGACUGUUAUUGAUUAUCUUCGCGGUAAUGCAAGAAAAAGAGAGGACGAGAGAGAAUGUGAGUGUUUGUUUUUGAUGCAACAACGACUUUCUGCGUUGUGAUCAACAUUUUAUUCCUAGUUUGUGUACAGUCUAAUAAGUGAUCCGUUUGCAAAACUUGCUCAGUGUCACGACUGCAACGAUCAAUUGCAAUGUGUACGACUUUCAUGUAAUAUAUGUGUAUCAUUCCCAAGUGCGACUUUAUGACAUAAGAUGAACAGCAGACGAAAAAAAUAAACAAGAAGUCAUUAAAAGAGUCAUCAUAAAAUAAACAUAAAAUUGAUAUUA